UUCCUCUCUCUCCAGAUUGGCCCCCUUCUCUUUGGCCCUGCUUUGGGGUAUCCAUAUUUUAUCAAAUAAGUAUUUUCUUAGCUAGGGUUUGAAAAGCGGGAUGGGGACGGGGACGAGGACGACUAGUAUAAUAAUGAUAUCUUCGCGACCAGAAAGCUAUCAUACGAGAGCUUUUUCGUUUUGGUUUUCCGGCGAUGGGCACUGGCAGAUGCGUCGUCGCAGUUCUCAUCUUCAGCCUCAUAUCCAAAUCCUUUGCCCGACCGAUAAUACGGACCACGCCGGAGAACCACAGAUCAGCCGGUGCCGACCUGAUCUCCGACGGUUGGACCCUAACCAGUGAAGAUUUCUUGUACUGCGACAGCUGGAGAUUGGCCAUCGAGACGAAUAACGCCGGGAUCUGGAGCCGGAUUCCGGCGAGGUGCGAAGAGUACGUCAAGGACUACGUGUCCGGCGACCGGUACCAAUCGGACUCAAAGGUAAUCACUGAGUACGCGCUGGAUUUCGCGAAGACGGUGGAGGUCGCCGGAGAAGGCGGGGACGCCUGGGUUUUUGAUGUGGAUGAGACGCUCCUCUCCAACGUGCCUUACUACGCAGCCCAUGGCUUCGGAUCAGAAACAUUUGAUGAAGGAUCUUUCAAUGAAUGGGCAAUCGAAGCUGAUGCACCUGCCUUACCAGCAAGUUUGAAGUUUUAUAAGGAGCUUCAACAACUAGGGUUUACUAUAUUUCUGUUAACCGGCCGGGAUGAAUCUCAGAGAAACGUUACAGAGCAGAAUCUUGUAUAUGCCGGUUACAGCAACUGGGAAAGACUUAUACUGAGGGGAACUUCGGAUGCUGGCAAGCUGGCCACAACCUACAAAUCCGAGAAGAGAAAGGAGUUGGAAGAUGAAGGUUAUACAAUUCAUGGAAGCUCCGGCGAUCAGUGGAGCGACUUGCUGGGCUUUGCAGUGGCUAAACGAUCAUUUAAACUUCCAAAUCCAAUGUAUUACAUCGCCUGAACAAGAAGUAAGAACACAAAAUUGGACGAUAUUUAUUUAUUCUGAUACAGUUGUAAACUAGUGACCAUUUUUAUGUUUUCGUGCAAUUGUGGCUCGUCCAUGAUUCGCCUGAACAAGAAGUAAGAAUAUUUGCCGACGUUGUUAUAUCAUGUUAUAAAGCUGUGAAGUAGUAGAAUUGCCUGCGUUGUGUUCGUAA